GGGUCAUUCAUUUAUUCAUUGUGUACAGAUUUGGUUGGCUGACUCAUGGCGGUGGGCUUUAGCGCCACCAUCUCUGUUCCGUGUUGGUGCGCAAUUGCAUAGGCGCUUCAAGCAAAGCUUCCAAGAUGGACUACGGGGCCUCCACCAGGCUCAUGGAGCUGCUCGAAUCAGCAACCCAGGCAAACAAGCGGACGGUGGAGGCUGAGACCCUGAAAAGUGCGAAGGCCAUGCUGCGGGACUCAGAUGACCACGUGCGCAGGGCCUACGAGCUGCUUUUGUUUAAGCUCAAGGAUGGCAGCUCCCAGGUGCGCUACUUGGCGUUGCUGCUGGUGGACGAGAUCUUCCGUCGCUCUUCGCUGUUCCGGGGUCUGCUGGUCCCUGUCCUGGAGACCUUUCUGGAGCUGACGGUGGGCACGCGCACCGAGAAGCCCCUCCCAGACCCGCGCGCAGCAGCCAAGCGAUUGCAGAAGAAGGCGAUUGAGGUGGUGGAGCGGUGGAACGCCGACUUCGGGUCCCGCUACCGGCAGGUGCGGCUGGCGUACAAAUACCUGCGCGACGUGCUGCGCAUCCCCUUCCCCAACCUGCCCCUGCGCGCGCGCGAAGCCGAGCAGGCGCGCCGCGAAGCCGAGAGGGCAGCGCAGGAGGAGCAGGUCGAACGCUUCCGGCGCCUGGAGGGAGAGUGGGGGGGUUCCAAGGCAGAGGUGCAAGCGCUGCUGCGACAGCUGGACGAGUCCCUGGCGCUGCUCAAGGGGGGGGGAGAAGGGAUUCCGGGUGAACCACCUUCUGACCAGGGCCCUGGCUUGGACACUGGUUUUGAUGAUGGCGCCGCACUGGGGGGCUGGGAGGAGGGUAGGGGCCAGCUUCUGGCGGAGACGGCGGAGAAUGCGGCGGUGGUGGAGAGUGUGCGCGACGUGUACCGCGCGCUGUGCCAGCGGCACCUCAAGGCGGCGCAGGGCUGGCUGGCCACGCUCAUGAGGGGGGGGGCGCCGCAGCCGCCGCAGCAGCGGGCAGCGCAUGAGCGGCUGCUGGGGGAGGUGGUGGCGCUGCGCAGCGACAUGCUGGCAGCCAAGGCCAGGUGCGAGGGGCUGGGGGUGGAGCUGCGGAGGCGACGACUGCCGGCUGCGGGGGAGGCAGAGGAUGGGGAAGACGACGAGAUGUGGGAGGAAGGGGAGGUCCCGUCGGGGGAGCCUCCGACAGCGGACUUGAACGGGGACGAGAGCGAAGAGGCGCAGGAGCGGCAGGCACUGGGGCUUGUGGCGGACGACGAGGCAGCGGCCGGCGAUGCGGGUUUGGAAGAUGCUGUGAGAGAUCUGCUGGGGGUACUGCCCGGAGAUACGGCAGGGACUCCAGAGGUUCAGGAGGGAGAAGCCUGGGUGCCUCCGCAGAGCAAUCUUGUACUCAAGCCGGGGGGAAAGGGCCUGGCGCACCGCGAAGGUCUUGGCAUGCUGGGCAGUGGGGGGGUUAACGGGACACUUUCGAUCAAAAGGAAGGGGGAAAGGGCGACUGUGUUGUCGGCCCCUACUGGACGGCGGGCCCCAGCCAGUGCAGAUGGAGCGUUGCAGGCAAGCAUGCCGGGCCAGCCUGCGGCUUGGGUGGAGACAGAGGCGAUCGAAGUGGACGAGCCAGAAGGACGAGAGGUGGGGCCGUCAGAGAGGGCCACGGACAGUGAACAUGCAGACAGGAGAGGGAUGCCCAGCAGCAGAUCGGACGGCCCCGCCCAACCAAGCUUUCAGGCACGGCCUCUGCCGGGGCGGUCAAAAACUCCGCCACGGUUGCAGAGAGAUCCGACCCGCCCCAAAGAAGCCCGGUCCGCAAAUGGCCCCGCAGGCGAAGCUAGUACAAGCAAGCCAGGCGCUGCAGGCAGUGCACCUGUCAACGCGGGUAGUCGCGCCGUGGCCCGUUCGGCCGGAGGCAGUCCGUCCUUCGAGGAGCUGCGCGCGAGUGCGCCGGUGGUGCCGUGGGGGGCGUACCUGGACCACUGGGGUGCGGAGGGGACUGUCCCCGUGGACGCGCGCGGGCUGGUGAUCGAGAACCACUGGGGGCCGGUGGACCGUGAGGCAACGCUGCCGGCAGAGCGGCUGCGCGAGAUGAACCUGCGCGCGUCGUACUACCAGCCGGAGAAGAAGGAGAUCAAGGCUUGCCGGGCCCCCCUUCCCGGCGGAGGCCUGUGUCCCCGCCGCGACCUCGUGCGCUGCCCCCUCCACGGCCCCGUUAUUCCGCGCGACGACCAGGGCCGGCCCGUUAUACCAACGGCAAAUAACGAGGCGGCGACGGCCCUUGCCCUAGAGGCUGCUGCCUCUCGCAGGCAGCCUCUCGUCCGCGCCGCAGACAUCGAACGAGGCAUCGAGGGAAGCGACGAUGUGGCAGCUGCUGUCAGCAGCGGGGCGGGCCCCAGCAUGGAGAGCGACCGAGACGGCGACGCCAUGACAGCGGAGCAGGCAGAGUUGCUGCAGAGCGCGGCGCGGCAGGCCGUGGAGAACGUGCGCAAGCGCGGGCGGGAGGAGGCGGAGCAGAAGCAGGCCGCGCGCAAGCGGGGCGGGGUGUCGGCGCGCGAGCGGUUGGCGGACCGUGCUCACAACGAGGCGGUGCUGCGGGAGGCGGCCGUCCGGGGCAGUGUGCAGCGGCUGGGGGAAGAGAUUGGCGGGGGGGAGGAGAGCCCCGGGGGUGCUGCAGAGGAAGCGGAGGGGGCCGAGCCGCAAUCAGGGCGAGGCAGCAAGGAACGGCGGCGAGGGAGAGGCGGGGGCAGGGCGGGGGCAGCCCAGCUGACGCCGCGGCAACGGAUCCAGCGACGGCUGCUGAGCGCACGGGUUCGAAACUCGACCACCAGUUACCUUGAGUCGGAGGAAAACAAGCACUUUCAAACAAUGAAUGCGAAUCGGUGGGAGAACCGAUAAGCGCAAUAAAACACGUCGCUUAUCGGGACCGCCAUCUGUGCAACGUAACCUUUGAAACUACGUCAUGCCGAUCUUCAGUGGCA